AUGGAAAAGUCUCCGGCAUCUUCUUCCGGGCUGAGCUUUCGAAAGCUUCGAGGUGAUGCCAUAGUGGGACUGGACGAAGAUCCAGAGCUGGGCCACUUCUAUUUUGGAGACGCACUUGGAUUUGACGCGAUUCAGAUUGGUAUUUCUCUCUCGCUUCGAGAGACUGAGAUCGAAACGGGCCCUCUAAGAGCCUGCAACCCAGAUCCAGCCUCGGCCUCAUCCAUCCAGGACCUGACUUCUUCUAGUGGACUGGAGAAAGCCGCCGUAGAUGCAAAGAACAAGGCUACUAGGGAAGCCCCCCAAGUUGACGAUCUUACUCUUGCCAAGCUGUGCAGCAGGGAACCUCCUCAACUUCACCAGCCUGCUCUUGCCAAGCUAUGCGGCAAAUCCCAGGACUCGGAAGAUUGCUUAGGAAUCGGUAUUGAGAUUGGAACAGCUCGAGCUGUUGAAGUGUACAAACAUGCCUGGGCAAAUGUCGAAAUUAUCCUCAUCAGUCCUCUGAGGCACAACCCAAGACGCCAGUGUCGUUGUUGGAAUGGAGUCUUCUCAUAUGUUUUCUGA